UCUCGUGACAGGCAUAAACAAAGCGAUCCUCCUGCACUAAAACUGUAAUAAAUUCACGUAUUAAUUACUACUGGAUGUGUGUUAAAUGUUGUCAUUCGAGCAUGACCUUGUACAAAAUUGUAAUAUUUACCACUUUUGGAGUAAUUCAAUAUAGACAUUAUUGAUGCUUGAAACUUGUACAAUUUGACAUGACAAUAUUCACCUGUGCAUUGUCGGUUUAAAAUUUAAUCUGCAGAUUCAAAAUUUAGAUUUUACUGUACGUCUUUGUUAUUGAGGAAAAGCGACACUAAUUAUUGUAAUAAUACAUCAAGGAAGUUUAUAUGUUUAAAAAUUGAAUUAUGGAAAAUAUUAAACGGAUUUUACCAGCUUUCGCAAUUUUAAAUGUUCUUCCAGGUAUUUCCUGUGAAGAUGACGCAUUUACCGGAGUUGUAGCAGCCUCGACAGUUGCUGGGGUUCUGUUUUGCCUUGUGAUAUUGGUAGCUGUAAUUUUUGCUAUUUGGAGAGAUGCAUAUAGAAAAAUACAGUUGAAACGUGGACGAUUUAAGGUUCCAAGAUCAUGGAUAGAUCAAGAAAGAUUGGCAAAGAUAGAGAAAAGAAAAAGAAUCAAGCGUCAGAUGAAAGAACAAAUGAAACAAAAAAAUGCCAUAAAAGAUAAACAAAAUGGAGGUUUGGAUAUGGAAAUGAAUUAUUUGCACAGGAGCAGACCACAGAUACCUGGAUCUUGGCGUAGAGAAGUAAGACAUCCAAAUGGGUAUAUAGUAAAAGAAGUGCCAACUUUACAGAGAACCGUAGUUUUAGAUAAUCAGCAAAUUAUUGUUGAUGUGGUUGACAACGAUAGUGCACUAUGGCAGAGAGGUCAUAACCCUUCUGGUAUCCGUUAUUCAUCACUGACAAAUCCAUCCACAGCGGUACCAGUAUCAUCUCGCAGUGACGGAGAUAGUUCGAGUGUAUCAUCUACUUCAACAGCAAGAGUAAAGGACAAAGAAAAGACCCCGUCUGUGUAUAUAGAAGCUGAAGUGAUAGAAGCGACCAUAGAUUUCACAAAUGAUGGUACCAUUGGUGAUGAAAGGGAAUUACAAGAGAGAGUUACAGCCUUCUGAGAAGGACUAUAAUACAUGAACGUACAGAAAAAUGAUGUGAUAGGCCAGAGAGGUUGAAGCAGUUAUUGAUCGACUAAAUGUGUUGAUAAACGAUGAAGUCCCUUUAAAUCAUAAUAAUUUCCGAUUUCUAUAUGACUUUUAUAUAUAUAUGUACAGAAAUUAUAUAUUAAAUGUUAAGAUAUA